AUGCUAUUUCGUUUUUCACGAAUAUUUCAACGUAUGAUGUCAACUGAUCCUACUAGUCGUUUUAUCACUUUAUCUAAUCGUCCAAUUGUUGAUACUAAUGGUGAAACUGUUCAAGGUCCACUUAAACUUCACUAUUGGGAAUGGAAAGGUCAUCAACCUACUAUACUUUUUUGUCAUGCUGCUUCAUUUCAUGGUCGAUGUUAUGAUCCUAUUAUUAAUGAAGGUUUACAUGAUUUUCAUGUAAUUGCUUUAGAUUUUCGAGGUCAUGGUCGAUCACAAACACAUCCUCCACCUUAUCGUUUUCGAUGGCAUGGAGAAGAUGUUUUACAAUUUAUUGAAACACUCAAUCUUAAUAAAGAUAAUCUUAUUGGUAUUGGUCAUUCUAUGGGUGGAUAUGCUUUAACUUGUGCUGCAGCAAUAGCACCAAGGCGAUUAUUUCAAGCAUUACUCUUACUCGAUCCUGUUAUUUUUCCUUCCUCACUAUAUCAAGAUGAUAGAAGUUACUCGUCUUAUUUAGACUAUAUUCUUCGCCGAAAAAAUCAAUGGUUAUCUGUUGAAGAUAUGUUCGAAAAAUUAGAAAAACGUGAACCAUUUUCACGAUGGCCAAAAGAGACUCUUCGUAAUUAUUGUACUUAUGCUCUUGAUAAGAAUUAUAAACUUGUAUGUGCACCUGAUGGAGAAGCAUCAAUAUAUAGAACAAGUAUAGAAACUGAUACAAAUAUUUAUCCAUUUAUUAAAAAAUCAAAAUUUAUUCAAGAUAUUCCAAUACAUAUUGUAAGAGCAUCAUUUCCAUAUAGUAUAGGUCAAUUUGAUACAUCACCAACAGCACCUGAUCUUGUAAAAUGGUUUCAAAAAGGACAAGACACACAAUUAGAAAAUACUAAACAUUUUUUUCCAAUGGAACAACCACAACUAGUAAUUGAUCUAGUAAAAAAAUUAAUGGAAGAAAAUAAAAAACUAUUCUCACAUCUAUAA